CAUGGUGACUAGCACGUGUGCAUAUUUCACAAUGCAUAUUUCAUACUUGGACGCUGUCAGAUCAAUCGCUGUCGGAAUUUACAGCACACUAUCUAGUUUCAUAUAGUUUGGAAAAGAGAUGGCAUUUUGGGACUCGUGGUCGAAGAGCAGAGCGCAUCAGCUGAAACCUUCGGCCUACUUCGGGGCUGUAGCACCUGUGGCAUCUUCCUUGGAGAUAAGAUAAGUGUAGCCUUGUAUCAGCUAUCUCCGUCUACUCUCAGUUUUCAUUCUUAGGCUAGGCUUGGGCCUACAUAGGCCGAAGUUACGCCCUGGCCUAACCGUAAUAAUCUCUGGAGAGCUCAUUGGUGUAUGCUGAAAGUGAUGGCCAGCAAAGGCAAAGACACUGGUCGUCUUUGUAACAUCGACUCAUACCCUCAAAGAGGAGCUGGAAUCUCACAAAGAAAUGCUCUCGAGGCUUCUCUUCCCAGGGCUGGACUAGUCAACAAAGUUUGCAGAGAAUUCCUGGUAUUGGAGGAUGGAGCCCUUGCUUACAAACUCCAAAAUGAGGAAAUUUCUCAGCAUUAUCAGGGGAACAAAGAGCGAAAUGCUGUCCUGCGUACAGAUGCUCCAAAAGCCCGAGAAGAACAAAAAAAAGAGGAGGAGGAAGCUGAGAGGAUUCAAUGUCUUUAUGCACGAAUGCUACAAGCUCAGGAGGAGGAAGAUGCUCGUCUGGCAGCUGAACUACAACGACAACUACUGUGUGAAGACAGGGAGGUCAUGCUGGGUGCUCUUUCUCGGGAUGCUCAGCUUGCCAAAGCCCUUCAGCAUUCAGAUGCAGAAGAGGAGGAGGAGGAAGAACUGGAGAGGAGGAGGAAGAUAUAUGUCAAUAGACCAGAAAGGAGAUACUAUGAAGAGGAGGACUUGGAUCCAUUUGAUGGAAUAGUGAGUGUGCCUGAGGAUGAAGAGGACAUUGAAGAAGGAGAGUACGAAGAUGAGGAAGAAAGAGCACGUCGCAUCCAAGAACUCCAAGAUGAAGCAUUGGCAAGACGAUUGCAAGAGGAAGAAGAGGUGGAGGCUACAGGAGAUAGGCGUCUGGCCAUGGAGCAGCAGGAUCGGGAAUUGGCAAAGCUACUCUACCGAGAAGAAAGGGCAAAGCUGAAGAGAGCCAAGGAGCGAACCAAGCAGAAGAAGUUGAGAGAGAUGAAGAUGAAGGAAGAAGAGGGGAGGAAAAAUAUGAAGACAUUGGAGCAAGUGGCUGCCUCUCUUGAAUCUCAUCUCCAGGAGAGAAGAGGAGGGACAGAAGAGGAGGAGAUUGAGGGAAGUCAGGUUGGUGAGUGUUCAGACCUGGGAAUUCCUGUCUUGGAUCAUCCUCUCCCGUCGUCCAGGUGGGCCAUAAUCAUUCUCCCUACCCUUAAUCCCACUAAAUGGCAUGCUGAUCUCCAGGCUCAUCAUUUCUUGUUCCACAGAGAUGGUGAAAGAUUGGGAAAAGAGAGGGAGCAUAAUGUGGCUCUGGUCAUCGACCCAACCAUCCAUCGAGGAAGAGAGCAAGUAUCCAGGAGCAGAAGUGAAAGUGGAAGUGAGAGCCACAAUGGAAGUGGUGGCAGAGCACCUGGUCCCCUCAUGGCUCCAAUCCAGGGCCGACAUCGACGUAGGAGUGGAGAGUCAGACAAGCACAAGUCAAAAAAGACAAAGGAAAAGAAGGAUUCAUCUUGCAAGCAACAAUGAGUGCCAA